AUGACUACUACUACCGUAUAUUUUCCCAUCACUCUUUCUGAAUCCGCAGUGGCUGUUUGGACGCCAGAAGCCUCGCAAACUGUCCCUGCUGGUUCUACCUAUCCGGGCUCUUUCCCAACGUCUUGUCCUGUACUGAUUGAUGGGAGCAAGUCCCCUGUUAUUGGAACAGCGGUAUCGCCGACCGUUGUGGCAGACACGACGUUCGCCGCGAGUCAACCUGUGUCCAUGACGAUAUCGUACAGAUGCGAAUACAAUGUUACCGAGGUAAUGUCAACAACAGCAACGAAAGUCUUGGAAAGUUCGACCAAUGUUACCUCGAAAAAUACUACAGCAGCGCUUUUGGGUUACUACUUUAUGAGACGAAGGACGGCGUGUCGCAUCCGGGAGCGUAUCCAGCAGGAGAAUUGCCGCCUUCGAGAAGAAAAAAUUAUACCUGGCGAGAGGGUGGCAUUUACACACCGCAUGAAGGGUUUUCUCCUGCAAGGUGCUCAUUUCUGCUGGGGUGAUAUUCAGAAAGACUUCAAGCCGCUUGAUGUAGGCUUCUGGGAGUUUGUCCGUCUUGGACUCGAUUGCCAGAAAGUCCUUCCGAAUUCGGUUUCCCUAAAUAAGUCACUUGAGACUCUUGGUCUAAGCGAGGACGCUCGCAACUUGAUCUGCGAGCUGCUUACUGAGCCUCGUACCCGCCGGAUUGCGAUGCGCCAUGUGCUUGUGUGGGCGGUAUUCUCUAAUCUGGAUAUCCGUUCAGUCGGGCCGCUCUCUCUCCUACACCCUGCGAUUAAAAACUUCAUGCUGUAUGAUCCCAAGGAGCAUAGGAAGCGGGAAGAGUAUACGGACCCAAUGGAGCGUGACGAGAUCGUUCGAAAUGCUUGGAGACAAGUUUCCGCUGCGUUGUUGCAGGAAAGCAUCCUCGCCUGGGGUAACCAUCACCUCUAUUCUAGAACAAAUCCUCACCUUGACUCCCAGAUCCAAAGUCUCAUGGAUGCGCUUUCCGGCUUCUUGGAACAUUUACCUAUGUUAGAUGAUGGGCCCUUUAAGCACGGAUGGAUCCCCCCUCUACGUCGUCUAAUUUUUAGAUGCGCAAAGCUAUGCUACAUACUCGCCUCUGACCCGGGUAAUUGGGUGAUAACUUUACCGCCGCCAUCAUUGGCCCAAGGAGUUUGUAUCUUCCCGGGACUAACUUUAGUGAGAGAUCAUGAUCGGGAUCCCUUGCGCGAGCCUCGAGUUUUCAUCUUUCCCAAGUGGGUAAAAGUCGAUCAUGCUGACAAAAGCAACAACGCCGAGGCGCAAAACAACAUGCAGAGAGACUCAUUCGAUGAGUGGAGGGAUUAG